CGAAGAAACGAUUUAAAAAUUUGGCAUUCAUACUCAGUGUUGCCAAGUAUAAGUGAAUAAAAUUAUGCAGAUAUAAAUAGAUGUAACAAUAUAGUCGGCAGCGUGGUUGCCAUACUAAAAGGUUACGGGCCAAGUUCAACAACUUUUAUUAUCUGAGUAUUCAAUAAUAACAGCCUACGAUUUCGAUUAACACCCAUUACAACUAGAAUAAGUAACCUUGAUAUUGGUUCGUUCACACAUUAAGACAAUGGCUUUAUUAAAGACUCAACAAACGAACAACUAAGAGCACACAAACAAUUUUCUAAAGAAUAUUAUACAGCAGCUUUAUUCAAUAUUCCAGCGGAGUUCACGAAUGAAUAUUUAAUAUUCAGCCUUUAUAACUAACAUUGAACAUUAAUUCCACCAAGUAGGCCAGAUAAAAUUAAAUUUUGAUCUCGACAUUAUCUUAUUAAUUAUUAUAAUUGUCAAGACAUUUGAUGCUGAUUGACUUUAGCAAAGGUUACUUUUACGAGGUAUCCAGCCAAUUAAUUUUAUUUGAAUAGCUUUGUGUGCGUUUCGUUUUAAUUGUUCAGUAGUGUAAACAGCUAGCAACACUUGCCUUAACAUCAGUUUAGCGUAGUAAGUGUACUAUGCAAAUCGUGAAACACAUCAUUCAUUUCGUCCGCCGGUAAUCUAGGAGACCUUUAAUAAUUUACCCCGUCUUGACUCUGCUGCUUAUACAUACACAAAAAUAACAACAGCCGAAUAACAUGCGUUUGUGGACCUUACUAAGAUGCGGAUCAUACAAGAGAAAAUGGUGGCGGGUCAGUCAGAACGUGCUCUACGGGCUAGGACAUGUGUACAACGACCUUUGUGCGGCCAUGUGGUUCUCCUACAUGAUGCUGUUCUUCCAAGCUGUGCUCAACAUGAGAGCCGCAGUUGCCGGUGCUAUGCUACUCCUAGGACAAGUAAUUGAUGCACUCGCCACUCCUGUUGUUGGCGUACUGGCGGAUAGAUACGGAAGCCUGAAAGGAUGGCAUUUGACUGGCUGCGCCCUAGUGACGUGUACAUUUCCCCUCCUCUUCGUGAGGUGUUGGGGAUGUUGGGUUACGGACAACCCUGACUACCUGCUGUGGUGGAUGCCGGUGUACUAUGGCGUGCUCAUCGUGGUCUUUCAAAUUGGAUGGGCUGUUGUACAGAUAUCUCAUCUCGCUAUGAUUCCCGCCAUUUCCGAUAACCUGCAUGUUCGCGCUGAUUUGACUUCGAUCAGAUAUAUGGCUUCAGUUACAUCCAGUUUAGCCGUUUACCUCAUAACCUGGGUCGUAUUAAGAGCUAGUAACUACAGCACGUUUAUUGGACCUGUGGAUGACUACAAAUUCCGAGAUGUCUCACUGAUAAUAUCCGGCAUCGGAAUCUUGUCUUUUGUGCUGUUCCAAAUAUUCUUUAGAAUUAACUUCAAAACCAAAGAACCAAAAACAAAUGGGCAUGCCGUUAAUAACGGGACUACACAAGUCGGUAAUGAAGAAAAUGGUUCAGCAGGAACAAAUGCCAAGUCAAAAAUUAUGUAUUUCCUGCGUAUGCCGCUCCUGUAUCAAACCAGUUUAUUAUACGUAUUUUCACGUUUAUACUGGGCUCUAAGCCUUGUGUACGUACCAUUGUUUCUCGAAGAACGACUGUCAUUCAACCCCAGUGCAGGAUCCGAACUGGUUGCAAGUGUACCUUUAGUUCUCUAUAUAUCAUCAUUCUUCUUCUCAUUACUUCUAAAAAGCAAAAUCAAUAAAUGCGGAAAUCAGAUAGCGUAUCUUAUAGGAAGCAUACUAAGUUUAAUCAGCUGUCUAUGGAUCGCUAUAUCCAUACACCCACACGCCAGUAUUAUACAAAUAUAUAUGGUCGCCACAUUAAUUGGUGCCGGUAGUUCAAUAACACUCGUGUCCAGUUUAUGCGUAACCGCCGAUUUGAUAGGACCCCAUUCACAUCAAAGUGCUGCCAUCUAUUCCAUUGUGACUUUUGCAGACAAACUCGUCACAGGCAUUGCAGUUGUUGCUAUUGAGAAUUAUAAAUGUGAAGACGAAGCCGACUGUCCUCAAUACUACAGGGGAGUACUCACUUACGCCUGCGGCAGUAGUGCGGUCCUCGGCAUGGUAUCACUUUCAUUCGCAAAAUUUUUACCCAAGCUUAAAACAGAAACAUAUUUAUAAUAUACUUUUACAUACAUUUCUUUAACUUAUUUCAUACGCUUCAUUACGUACAUGUAAAUAUAAAACAUUUGUUGAUUAAAUAAAUACACUGUAAUAGCAAUAUUUUAAUUUAAGUUGACUUGUUAUAUGGCAGCAUUCGAAUACAAAUGUGCAUUUGGACAUC